GCUUAAUCAAAUAAUUAAAGGUGAUGGCAACUCUUCUAACGUUGCAUCUAUUUGUAAUUUUUUAUCACAAAUUUUUGCAGUUAAACAAAUUUUUAUAAACAAUGCAUCAGGCUUAUAAUAUUCACACUAUUUUAAAACAAGGUGUACAAAUAGAAUCUAUAGCCGCAUUUGGUAACAAUGUCAUCUUGGGCACUCGCAGUGGCCAGCUUAUUAUGUACUCUGUGGACGAGAAAGGCGCUGUGGAUAUGUUAAUGUUUAAUAAGAAUUUUAGUAAAAAAGCUAUUGUGCAGAUGCAGGUCAUACCGGCGGAGCACCUUCUCUUUGUGCUAACGGACAAUACAUUGCAUGUUUGCGAUAUCAGUGGAGUAGGUAGCAAUUUUACGUUCAUACAUAGCGCUGUGGCCACCAAAGGUUGCACUUUAUUUGCUUUGGAUGUAAAGCCUGCCAAGCUUCCGGCCGGUGAGAUGACUACCGUUAUUGGUGUUUGCUGUGCAAUUAAGCGCCAAUUACAAUUCUUUUACUGGAAGCAAGACAAAUUAAACACAUUCGCUUUUAGUAUUGAACUGAAAGAUGUCCCUAAAGCUCUGAGUUGGGUGGACGAUGCUGUUUGUAUUGGAUUUAAAGAUGAAUACGUCAUUUAUAACAUGCUCGCAAACAAACCUGAGAAGCACGAUUUGAUAGUGACCUCAUCAUCACACAGCAUGGAUCCCUGUAUUUGCAUUAUGAAACAUAAUAUGUUAGGUGUUUCUAAAGACCAGUAUCUAGUUGCCAUUGAUACAAGUGACUAUGUAAAAAAAGAUGACGAAAAGCGCAAGACAUUCGGCACAAUUGAGGCAUCAGUUGGUAGUGUUGAAAUUAAAACUAAGCCGAAGCCAAUCAUGUGGAGCAGUGCAUUACUUGAUAUAGUUUGGGAUGAACCUUACGUUAUCGGACGCGUGGCAAAUGCUAUAGAAGUGCGAUGCAUUGAGGGGAGCAGUUUAAAUAAGGACACCCUUGUGCAAACUAUACCGGAGCUGAGUAAAACCAAGUUCUUAGUGCACUCUGGAAAAGGCACAAUAUUUGCUGCUGCCAAUUCUGAGCUAUGGUGUAUUCGAAUGGUAGAUGUGCCGACACAACGUAAUAUUUUGCUACAGCAGAAGAAAUUUCAACUCGCCAUCGGGCUGACGGCUAUUUCCGAAGAGCCGGAAGAAAACAAAGCUGCUACGAUUCGCGAAAUACACAUGCGUUAUGCCCGUGAACUAUUUGCUAACAAACAAUUUGCCGAUUCGAUGAAAGAAUUCGAAAAGGCUGCUGCCGAUCCAUAUGAUGUUAUUCGGCUUUUUCCGAAUUUGCUACAGGAUCAGACGAACAAAACCAAUGAGGCAGCUGUGCCCGCACCACCAAUUGCACAUUUAGAAGAAAAAGAUAUGGAAAAUGCACUUCUAGCAUUGAUAGAAUUUCUCGCAUUAGCUCGUCAAAAAGAGGUUGUCAAACUACGUGACACUAAAAGUACCUCCAAAUCACUCCUAUCCAUAGUAGACACAACGUUAUUGAAAUGUUAUCUGCAGACCAAUGAUUCGCUGGUUGCCCCUCUUUUACGUUUAAAUCAGUGUCAUUUAGAGGAAUCGGAAAAGACUUUGAAAAAGCAUGAUAAAAUAUCUGAGCUGAUAAUACUAUAUCAAAUGAAUGGCAAACAUAGGAAAGCUUUAGAAUUGUUGAAAGCGCAGGCUUCAGUCGAGGGUUCGAGUCUUUAUGGUCAUGAUCGUACUAUAAAAUAUUUACAGCAACUAGGCAGCCCACAAAUGUCUUUAAUAUUCGAGUUCUGCGAUUGGGUGUUAAAAGAGUCGCCCGAAGUUGGAUUGCGUAUUUUUACGGAUAAUUUCAUUGAGGUCGAAAACUUGCCUCGAGCCAAUGUACUCGAUUUCCUGCUUAGUCGUCAUAAAACUUUAGUCAUUCCCUACUUGGAACAUGUAAUCAAUGUAUGGAAAGACAGCAAUACCCUUCUACACAAUGUAUUAGCAAAACAGUAUCGUGAUAAAGUGCACAACCUACUUGAAGAGUCAAAGAAGGAUGCGUCUACGAACAAAAGUGAAGCGAACGAAAAUUUAAAGAAAUGGCGUGAGAAGUUAUGCGACUUUUUAAAGAACUCGCAGAACUAUGCACCGGAGGUGGUACUGAAAGAUUUUCCUACAAAUGAGUUGCUUGAAGAGCGUGCGUUGAUUCUCGGUCGACUUAAGAAACAUGGAGAAGUAUUGGCAAUCUACAUGCAAGUGUUGGGUGAUGCGCAAAAGGCUACUGAGUACUGUGAGGCAAAUUAUGAGAAUGAUAAGAACAUUUUUGCUACUCUUUUGAAGACGCUGUUGAAUCCAGCGCGUCAGCCUCCAUAUGAAGAUGUUGCCUUACAUCCAGACUUUUUGCGACCGAACGAACAAAUCGUACUGGAGCUACUAAGUAAAUAUGCUGAGAAAAUUGACCCUUACGUCGUUAUUCCGUUGUUGCCGGAUGACAUGCCAGUGCAGUCCAUAUGGAAUUACUUGGAAAUCGUGCUGCGUACUGAAAUCGCUGAACAACAUGAGAAGGAAGUGAUGGCCAGGUUAUUAAAAUCCGAAAUUCAACGUGUCAGAAGCGAGAUACACGCAGAGGAAAAAAAAUCCGUUGUACUAACAGAGUUUACCGUGUGCCCACAUUGUAAAAAACGUUUCACAAAUCCACCAGCAUUCGUGCGGUAUCCCAAUGGAGAAGUGGUGCAUUUAUCUUGUCACGACAAGUACGUUCAGUCUAGUUCGGGUACUAGUUACAUUUAGUUAUAUACUUAAUAGAUGUACCAUUUUCUAUUAAUUUAUGAUUUGGUUUUAUGUGAUCUAUUAAUGUUGGAAGUCAGCCUUCAAUAAGUAUAUUGUAUAUCUUUUACAUACUAAUAAACCCGAUUACGCCUCGAUGCGGCUCAUUCAAUUUUGGGAUAAUCGUGUAAACAUA